ACACUGCUUUGAGAGCGAAAGCUCCAUUCAGCUGUGAGUGUCUUCUUCCCUCCGCCUCCUCCAAAUUCCUAAAUAAGCCUCUUGCCGUCAUCUACCACGCCCCUAUAAUCCUCUUUCUUUCAACUUUCUCUUGCUUGUGCUCAUUACUCUCUCUCUAUAUAUAUAUUUUUGAGAAGUACAGUUGCUUUUCUUGGAGCUCAAAAACUCAACUUGGUGGUUGUGAAGGCUUGUACCUUUUUUAGAAAGCUAUGUACCCCAUGUGGAAUACUAUCAAAUCUUGAUGGUUGAAUAUUGGGAUUUGCUUGCAGAAAGUUUACAUUUUUAAGGAGGUGUAGCUACUGAAGUGAAUUUGAAGCUUUUGAACUGAAGUUGAGGGUUGAUUUUGGUGUAAAUGAAGAAGAUAACUGUGGAGGUUUCCCAGUAAUUCUUGAAUGCCCAAACUUUGAGCAAUUGUGAGUAACAGUUGUUGCACUUCUUCAUCAUGCCUCUCUCUGAGUUCUUGAGAAUGGCUAGAGGGAAGCUUGAAUCUGGCCAGGAGAAAAGGUCAUCGACAACUGAUCUGUCCUCUUGUCUUGAGGAUGAAUUGGUAGAGCUAGUAUGGGAAAAUGGUCAAAUUGUGAUGCAAAGUCAGUCCAGCAGAGCUAAGAAGAGCCCCACUUUUAAUAAUCUUCCAUCAAGCUCCCUGAGAGUUAAAGACAAGUUCACAGGGAAUUCCUCAACCACAAAGAUCGGAAAAUUUUGUUUAAUGGACUCUAUGUUGGAUAAUAUGCCAUUAUUUGUGCCCAAUGAUGAAAUGGAUUUGACUGAAGAGGAUGAAGUGGUGCCUUGGUUGAGUUAUUCUGCAGAUGAUAGCCCGCAACAAAAUUAUCACUCUCCACUGUUACCUGAAAAUUUGUGCCCAAUGAUGAAAUGGAUCACGAGUCUCAGAUAUUAUUAGCAGUAAUACUAGCUGCAAUAUGCCAGUUUCCGCUUUUGGAUAUUCAAAUUCAAGUCAAGCUUCAGCUGGUGUUAUCAAAAGCAUGAAGAUGCAAAAGCAAAACAUACCUGGAAAUAGCUCCAGUUUGUUGAACUUUGCGCAUUUCUCAAGACCUAUUACUGGGGGUUCAGCUGUUUCAGGCUCGUCUACCAUAGGGGCAAGGGGAAAUAUAGAGAGAGAGAAUGUGGGAAGUAGCAGAAAUCGUGUUAGUGAGGUACCAUUUGAAUCAUACUUCAGUUCAGAAAAGGAAAAUGACGUCCAUUCUCCACCUUAUAUGGCAUCUUCCAAAGUCGAGUCAAAAGGAUCUGUCUGCCUUCACGAGAGGUCAUGUCCCAUUCAACAGUCUGAUAAUUUAUGCGGAGAUGGUCCAAGUAAUAAUGACAUGUCUCGUGAUCAAUUUACUGGUGCAAAUGCAAUCAAGGAAUUUCCUGAUGGUGAGAGAAAUGUUGAACCUGUAGUUGUGUGUUCAUCUGUAUGCUCUGGCAGUAGCACAGAGAGAGCAUCAAGUGAUCAUCCUCGUAGUUUGAAGAGGAAAAAUCGUGACAAUGAGGAGUCUUAAUUCCAAAGUGAAGAUGUUGAAGAAGAAUCUGUUGGUAUCAAAACCGCUGAUCCUGCUCGAGGAGGUGCAGGUUCAAAGAGAAGCCGAGCUGCAGAAGUGCAUAAU